AUGACAUUCUUCGUCGACCAAAAACCCUAUGAAUAUAUUUCGCGUAUUCCUAGGAGAUCAAAUUAUCUUCUCAAAGCGGUCAUAAUUAUGGAACCCGCGUGGGAGAUCCAUAAAGACUUAAUACGAAAGCUUUUCCUGGAGGAAGGAAAAACUCUCCAUGAAGUGAUGGAUUACAUAGAAGAAAUACAUAACUUCUCCUCAAGUAAGGCCAUGUACGAGCGCCAGUUGAAGAAGUGGGGCUUCCACAAGAAUCUCAAAGGCAACGAUUGGAAGAUUAUACAGUACAAGAUUGAGAAAAGAAAACGGGAUGGUAAGCGUACUGAUGUGUAUAUAAGAAAUACAUUGGUCCCAGAGAAGAAGGUUAAGAAGGAAAUCUCAAGGCAUGCCGCAACCAUAUGGGAAACCUUUUAUGCGAGGAAUGCACCAUCUCCAAAAACACCUGAGGGAAUGUCGAUAAAUACUCCCGGACAAGUGUCUCAAAGUGAGGAGACGGAAACAGAAAGUUUUCCUGGGUUUAAUAUCAAUGCGUUCCGGCGGAGCUGGUUGCCACUAUUGCCAAAAGAAUUGCCAAUUUACAUCGAGGGCAUUGAGACAGAGAUCGAUCGCCGAUUCCUGGACCAUUUUGUUUUCGAAUUCAGUCGCGUUCUCACGCUCAUCAACGAUGAUUCCAAUCCGUUCAAGGAAAUCCUUCUCCCAAUGGCCACUCAACAUGGAUGUUUAAUGCACUCCUUAAUGUGCCUGUCCGGAUCCCACCUGUCCGCCCGUGAUCCAGAGCCGCGUUUCAAAGAGCGGAAACAUUAUCACUUUGAUCGCGCCAUCACCGACCUUAGACAAAGCAUUGAGGCAGAACCCCCCGCCAAUACAAGGUUAUUGGUAGAAGAUCCCAUCAUUGCAUCAACACUCGCCUUGUGUCUUAACACUAUUUGCGAAGGAGAAACCGAAGGAGAGUAUCGAUCCCACAUGGAUGCCGCUCGCUACCUUUUGACCACUCAAAAACCCAGGAGUGAGGUAUUCCGACAGUUCAUCGUCGAGUUCUAUCAGUACCAUGACGUGUCCAAUUCGAUCACCUCUCUUGAUAGACGACCUUUAUCACUCCGCAUUCAUUUGUUCAAUCCCCAUGCGCAAACCGGUACUUUCCUAGGCAUUUUCGACGGCUUGUUUUAUCACAUAUCAGAGGUCACGAGAUUGAGGGAUCGUAUCCGACAUCGACGCUCUUUUGAACGCGAACCAGCCGUUGAUUAUCAAAUUUUAAAUGAGGCCGUUGCAAUUGAUUCUGCUCUGCGGGCGUGGGAGCCAACAUAUACAAUCGAAACCCCAAAUUGGUACGCCUCACAACUGUAUCGUCAAUCGACGUGGGUGUAUCUCUAUCGAACUAUUCACUCAUCCCGUCCAAGUGAAAAGAUUUCGCAAGUUGUAGAUGAUGCUCUCAAAUACUUAGAUAUGCUACCAUCUAAUGCAGGAGCAUAUAGCAUUAUACUCAUGCCACUAUUUCUCAUUAGCUGCUCGGCUUUCGAACCCCGCCAACGCGAGAGGAUCAAGAAAGGCUUUGAUGCUUUGAAAGAAUAUUCCAGUCUGCGAAAUAUCGACCCAGUCUUGAAGGUUGUGCAACGGGUAUGGGAAGUCAUGGAUACGAAGAUAGAGGACAGCUGGGACUGGGAGCAUAUCAUCGCUGAAAUGGACAUGGACUUUUUGAUUCAUUGA